UUGCGACGCGGAACAUGGCGCGUUCCUAGAAGCUGUUUUCGGCAUCAGUAGGCGGCAGCGUGUUGACUGGCAGCGUGGGGCGCGGGACUAACCGACGCCAGUUCGUGCUGAGGAGUGUAAACGAGAGGACUUGGCUAUUCCGGACCGAACCAAACGCUAUUUCAAGCAGUGCAGAGAUUGCAGAAAGUACAAACCCAGCUGAAAAAAUAUACACCAUGCUGCAGCAGAUUCAAAGCCUGAAAGUUUCCAUGGAUCUCAACAGUGCCAGCACUGUAGUUCUUCAGGUCUUAACACAGGCUACUAGUCAGGAUACUUCUGUUUUAAAACCAGCUGAAGAACAGUUGAAACAGUGGGAGACACAGCCAGGUUUCUAUUCAGUGUUGCUGAAUAUUUUCACCAACCAUACUUUAGAUAUAAAUGUAAGGUGGCUUGCUGUGCUCUACUUUAAGAAUGGAAUUGAUCGUUACUGGAGACGUGUAGCACCUCAUGCUCUCUCAGAGGAGGAGAAAUGUACAUUGCGUGCAGGGCUCAUCACCAACUUCAAUGAACCAAUAAACCAGAUUGCAACUCAGAUUGCAGUACUGAUUGCAAAAGUUGCUCGGUUAGAUUGUCCUAGACAAUGGCCUGAAUUGAUUCCCACUCUUAUAGAGUCUGUUAAAAUCCAAGAUGAUCUUCGACAGCACAGAGCAUUACUUACCUUCUAUCAUGUUACCAAGACACUGGCAUCUAAACGACUGGCUGCUGAUAGAAAACUGUUUUAUGAUUUAGCUUCUGGAAUUUACACUUUUGCCUGUUCUCUGUGGAAUCACCAUACAGACACAUUUCUGCAACAAAUUUCUUCUGGCAAUGAAGCUGCAGUUCAAAGUUCAUUAGAACGAACAUUAUUAUCAUUAAAAGUACUGCGUAAGUUAACUGUUAAUGGAUUUGUGGAACCUCACAAGAAUAUGGAAGUGAUGAGUUUUUUACAUGGAAUAUUUGAACGUCUAAAACAGUUUCUAGAAUGCAGUAGAAGUAUAGGUACAGACAACGUAUGUAGAGAUAGAUUGGAAAAAACCAUCAUUCUGUUUACUAAAGUGCUUUUGGACUUCUUGGAUCAGCAUCCCUUUUCCUUUACUCCUCUAAUUCAGAGAUCACUGGAAUUUUCUGUAACCUAUGUUUUUACUGAAGUUGGUGAAGGUGUUACAUUUGAACGAUUUAUCGUCCAAUGCAUGAAUCUUAUUAAGAUGAUUGUCAAAAAUUAUGCUUAUAAACCAUCCAAAAAUUUUGAAGAUAGCAGCCCUGAAACUCUUGAAGCUCAUAAGAUUAAGAUGGCCUUCUUCACAUAUCCCACUUUGACAGAGAUAUGUAGAAGAUUAGUCUCUCAGUAUUUUCUGUUAACUGAAGAAGAACUGACAAUGUGGGAAGAAGAUCCAGAAGGCUUUACAGUGGAAGAAACAGGAGGAGAUUCUUGGAAAUACAGUUUGAGGCCUUGCACUGAAGUAUUAUUUAUAGAUAUAUUCCAUGAAUAUAAUCAGACUCUUACUCCUGUACUUCUAGAAAUGGUAAAAUCACUUCAAGGACCCACCAAUGUAGAAGAUAUGGAAGCACUGUUAAUCAAAGAUGCUGUAUAUAAUGCUGUUGGAUUAGCUGCUUAUGAACUUUUUGACAGUAUUGAUUUUGAUCAGUGGUUUAAAAGUCAACUUCUUCCAGAAUUACAAGUCAAUCACAACAGGUAUAAGCCAUUGAGGCGCAGAGUGAUUUGGCUCAUUGGUCAGUGGAUUUCUGUGAAAUUCAAGCCUGACUUAAGACCCAUGCUAUACCAGGCAAUCUGUAACUUGCUUCAAGAUCAAGAUUUAGUGGUUCGAAUUGAAACAGCUACAACUCUGAAGUUAACUGUUGAUGAUUUUGAAUUUAGAACAGAUCAAUUUUUACCGUAUUUGGAAAGCGUGUUCACACUCCUUUUUCAGUUACUGCAGCAAGUUACAGAAUGUGACACAAAGAUGCAUGUUCUGCAUGUUCUUUCUUGUGUAAUUGAAAGAGUCAACAUACAGAUACGACCGUAUGUAGGAUGUUUGGUGCAGUAUUUACCUCUUCUUUGGAAGCAGAGUGAGGAACACAAUAUGUUGAGAUGUGCUAUUCUGACAACACUUAUUCAUCUUGUUCAGGGAUUAGGAGCAGACAGCAAGAACCUGUACCCUUUCCUGCUCCCAGUUAUCCAACUGAGUACAGAUGUUUCCCAGCCUCCACAUGUCUAUCUUCUGGAAGAUGGUUUAGAAUUAUGGUUAGUUACAUUGGAAAACAGCCCGUGUAUUACACCAGAGUUGCUUCGGAUAUUUCAGAAUAUGUCACCACUUCUUGAACUAAGUUCAGACAAUCUCAGAACUUGCUUUAAGAUCAUCAAUGGUUAUAUCUUUUUAUCAUCAACAGAAUUCUUACAGACAUAUGCAAUAGGUCUUUGUCAGUCCUUUUGUGAACUCUUACAGGAAAUUACUACAGAAGGUCAAGUUCAAGUGCUCAAGGUUGUGGAAAAUGCCCUUAAAGUGAAUCCAGUAUUAGGUCCCCAAAUGUUUCAACCAAUUCUACCCUGUGUUUUCAGAGGUAUUAUAGAAGGGGAGAGAUAUCCUGUAGUGAUGUCCACAUAUCUUGGAGUUAUGGGUCGUGUCUUACUACAAAAUACUAGUUUCUUUUCUUCACUUCUUAAUGAGAUGGCACAUAAGUUUAAUCAGGAGAUGGAUCAGCUUCUAGGAAACAUGAUUGAAAUGUGGGUUGAUCGAAUGGACAACAUUACCCAGCCUGAAAGAAGAAAACUUUCAGCUUUGGCUUUGCUUUCCCUUCUGCCAUCUGAUAAUAGUGUUAUCCAAGAUAAAUUCUGUGGGAUUAUUAAUAUUUCAGUGGAGGGCCUACAUGAUGUCAUGACAGAAGACCCUGAAACAAGAACUUACAAAGACUGCAUGUUAAUGUCUCAUCUUGAGGAACCAAAAGUAACAGAAGAUGAAGAACCACCCACAGAACAAGAUAAAAGGAAAAAGAUGCUGGCCCUAAAGGAUCCUGUGCACACGGUAUCGCUGCAGCAGUUCAUCUAUGAGAAGCUCAAGGCACAGCAGGAGAUGCUCGGAGAACAAGGCUUCCAGUCCCUCAUGGAAACGGUGGACACAGAGAUUGUCACCCAGCUUCAGGAGUUUUUGCAAGGAUUCUAAGAGCACAUGCCCUGUGCCGGCUGCCACAGCCGAAUGAAUACCCUAGCCCCCCACCUGUACGUGCGAGCCUGCUGAAGUGAAGUUGCUGUGGAGGUGAAGAAGGGAAGACCACGCAUUAUUUUUAAACUACAAAGUAUAAAUGUAAAUCCCACAUAACUAAAAUCACAAACCUAUUCCUUAAAAGAAUUUAAUUUUAUAUUUAUAAAAGGCCCCAUGUUUACUAGAGGUACAUUUAAUGACAAUAGCUGCUUAGUUUCCUGGUAAGAAGAAAACUGUUUGAUUACCUUUUAAUCAUGUACUUUUAACACAAGAAAGUGAAGAUUAAUGUCUGAGAUGUUUUCUGCAACAAAUUGGUUAAAUUUGGCUGCUUUGUCCUUUUUCUAAGUCAAUGAAACAAGUUUGAAAAAUAGCAAAGCUGUUUAAAAAGUACAGCUAAAGAAAUCUGUGCACCAGGCAAAAAUACAUAUAUAGUGACAAAUGCAUCUCUAAAAUGUCUUGCAAGGGAGUUCUGACAUAGAACACAUGUUUUCUCAGACAAAUACUUCUAUUUUCUUUCCAGUAAUUUGAUAGAGGAACUAGUAAAGGCACUUUUUUUCUCAUUUUAUCUUCAUUAACUAUAUUUAGUUAUGUGCAUGUACACUGUAAGGCAGCAGUGAAGCUGUGGUACAGCAGUACCAGAUGGGAGACCUCCGGUCUUGUCUUGGUCCUCAUUCCUUUGUUACUCCUGAGGGCCAGCAGCCCUGUGUGGGUGCUGAGAAUUACUGGACAGCGCCCAGUCUCCCACGAGCCUGUGACAGGCAAUCUGCAGGGCUGUCAAGCUUCACUGACAUGGGUCUCAGAGGAUCCUGCAGCAACCCUCGGGGUGGCAAACACUGAUAUCACCAGUCUUCCUUCCUUUCUCCAUCAUGCAGUACCUAGUAAGGGGGAAAGGAAAAAAUAGAGCCUUACUUUGUUUCACUUGCCAUUUGUUGUAUUUUAAAGUAUUUUUAGGAAAUACUUAAAAGGAAGAUUGGAAAAUGUCUUAUCUUUCUACAGAAAGUUGGAUAAAGUAUGUAAGUGUGGGAAAUCCACUGCCCCUUUGUAAGCUGUGGAACCCAAGAUGUCCGGGGAUAUUUGAUGUUUUCAGCAAGAGAAAGAAAAUGUGGCCCAAUUAAAUUUUCCAAAGAUACCUCA